AUGGAGAGUGAAGAGAGCUUUUUGGUUUUAGUGCAUCAUUCUGGAAAAAUAAAAAAGAGUAAGAGGCACGGUGUGAAGUUUACAGACAGAGAACUGCUGAGUGUUUUUGUUAGGUCGUCUAAUACACUGUUGGAUCUGAAGAGCAGUAUACUGCAGAAGUUGGCCGCGGGUGGCACAAAGUGGGUGAAGAAGCUGUUCUACAAGAUCCCUAUUGCAGUUGUGUCAACCGGCGUGCAAUAUGAAACGUUCGUGUUACGAACAGAUGAAGAUAUGCAGGUGUUGUUUCAUUGUCGUCGGAGUUUCCCGGAAGUGAGGAUACAUGAGUUGUUUGCGAAGCUGGAACAUGGGAUCGAUAGUUCUGGUGCAUCCGCUCUAAACCCCCAGUCCACCAUGAUGGGGAGUGCCUCCACCUCGAUGCCCGUCGUUGCACCUGAGUGUUUGUUGGAGUAUCGGCCAGCCGGUCCAGUUGGGGCAUUCACCUCAACUCAUCCAUCUCCAGAUGUAGGACGUGAGGGGGAACCAGAUCGGGUGGAAAAUGCUAUGCUAGAGGAUGAUUCCGACGAAGAGCCUGCUGACAUUGGAGGGGACAGCGAUGAUGAAAUUUCGACAAACCCAGCAACAUGUCAACCACCGUCAAGUGCCGGCACACAUGAGCAACCUGUACAUUAUUCUACCUUGGAUCUUGGAGCCAUCAGCCAACCGACGGAGUCAACACCAACCUUUGGGGGUCAAGGCUUGCACGAGGGAAAUUCUGUAGCUGAAUUUCAAGUUGGCCAAUCUUUCCACAGUAAGGAGGAAGCUGUGCUUACUGUGAAUGAUUACAGUAUUCGGCGCGGUGUUGAGUAUAGAGUGAUGGAGUCAGAUCAUCUUAAGUACCAUGGAGAUGCAAGAAGUUUGGGAAGGGUUGCACAUGGAUGA